CGAAACUUUUAAUUGAUGUUUCGUUUUUGUUGUUGGUUAAUUGGGUCGAUCGCUGUUUGCAUCGAGACACAGUAUCAGUUGAUAUUGGUAUUAAAGAAUUUUCUACUUUGGAAGCACCAUAACUAUUCAUCAUAAUUCAUAGACAAAGACAUGGAAUACACUGAACAGAUAUGAACCUGUUUAUAUAAAUCUCCAGUAGAAUUGCAUCAGAAAAUGUCCUCUGAGGUUAUUAACAAAAUUUUUCUACUUCACUACAUUUAACAACUAAAGGAAGAAAAGCAUCUUUUCGUUGUGAUGAUAGAAGGAAAAUUAUGGAAAAUGAAAUUUGUGAGCAAAAAAUUAAAUGUGAAACGCAGAUUAAAAGGACUGGUUUUCUGGAUAAUAUAACGAAAGAGAAACAAAAAACAUUGCACUACUGUAAUAUCUGUAAAAAGUCCUUCUCACAUAAAGGUCACAAACGUAUUCAUACAGGAGAAAAACCAUAUCACUGUGAUAUCUGUGGUAAAUCAUUCUCUCAUAAAAAUAUCUUAACUACUCAUAUCCGUAUACAUACGGGAGAAAGACCAUUUCACUGCGAUAUCUGUGGCGAAUCAUUCUCUCAUAGAAAUACCUUAACAACCCACAGGCGUAUUCAUACAGGUGAAAAACCCUAUUUUUGUAAUAUCUGUGGUAAAUCAUUCUCUCGAAGUGGUGGUGCUGGUCACUUAACUAAGCAUAAACGUGUUCAUACAGGAGAGAAACCAUAUCAGUGUGAUAUCUGUGGUCGAUCAUUCUCUCGAAAUCACCACUUAACUACUCACAACCGUAUCCAUACAGGGGAGAAGCCAUAUCACUGUGAUAUCUGUGGUAAAUCAUUUUUACAAACUGGCCACUUAACUAAGCACAGACGCAUUCAUACUGGAGAGAAACCAUAUCAGUGUGAUAUCUGUGAUAAAACAUUCUCUCGAAAUCAUAACUUAACUACUCACAAACGUGUUCAUACGGGAGAGAAGCCAUAUCAGUGUGAUAUCUGUGGUAUUUCGUUCUGUCAAAGUGGUGAGUUAACUACUCACAAAUACAGACAUACGGGCGAGAAACCAUAUCAUUGCGAUAUUUGUAGUAAAUCAUUUUCUCGAAACGAUCAAUUAACUACUCAUAGAUAUAUUCAUACGGGAGAGAAGCCAUAUCACUGUGAUAUUUGUGGAAAAUCAUUUUCUCAAAGAUGUAGUGUAUCUAGACACAAGCAUAUUCAUACAGGAGUAAAGCCAUGUGACUGAUAACAAGGAUAAAUCAUUCUUUAAAAAUAAAUCACUUUUAUAUGCAUGUGUGGAUUCCAUAAAGGAAAUUAACUAUAUCAACAUUAACACCCUAAGCACAAAUAUAUUUACAAACAAAAAAGAAAAUAUAACUGUAUGGUAACAAUCUGCCAAUAUUAUAAUUUAUACAGUCACAACUGGACAUUGGUGAGAUAAUUUAUGUGGUAGAAGUUGUGAAUCAUUGUAACCAUUCUGUAUGAUGUUAUGUGUUGGACAUACCUACCAUACUUUGUAUCAGGCAUGUCAAACUGCAGUCCUUGUGGGCCACAUUGUUCACAUACAUGUUGCCAUAGGGUCUGCAUACUCUAAAACACACAUUUAGAACAAAGAUUCCUGUCAUAUAAAAUCUUUAUUGUUAAGUAAAAAUCCUUUAAAACCGUUUAUUUGCUCAUCAUUAAUCCUAUUUUUAUCAAUUAAAUUGUAUUAAUUAUUUUUACUAUCAAGAAUUUUUCGGGUUUCCCGUUUUUAAAUGUCUAAGAGAGAUAUCAGGGGACUGAGACUUCUGGUGGUAUGCUGUGCUUGAGAAAACACAUCAAGCUAAGUACUGUAUUUUAACAUGUAUAAGGAACCCCUUAUUUUGGGGGCUUGAAAUUUGGAAAAAAGGUUUUGUAAAGGAUUAUAAUACUAUCCAUGUGUAAGAAACUUUCAUGUUUUCUUAACCUAAUUUUUGACAAAAAAGGGUUCUUACACAUGUUAAAAUACGGUAAAUACGUGAUCAUCCUUGCAUACAAGCAUGUCCCCAGGAUCUCUCUUCAGCUGAGUAUUCCUAAUCUUGAGGGAUUGUGGGUACCAGGGCCAUGUAAAAAACACCUGUGCUGGUGUCGCGUAAAAGCACCCUGUACACUGUGUAAAGUGGUUGGUGUUUGGAAGGGCAUCCAUCCAUAGAGAUCCUGCCAGAACAAGCAACUGGAACCUGGCCAGCUCCUGUCAAACCAUCCAACCCGUUCCAGCAUGGAAAACGGAUGAUAAAUGAUCAUGACACUGAUAAUGAUUUUUAACCCUUUCGUUACUGUAUUCAUUUUAAGAUGCUCUGUUUCUUUCAAUUAACUUUAAAUAUAACAAAGAAUUUAGUAAAAUAAUUUAGUUGACAUUCAGCUAGUGUUAGGAACAUAAAUUGUGACUAAGGUUUGGAAGAUUUUCAUUCAGAACUUUUGAAAGGAAGACAUUUGUACUAAAGAGCCAGAGCCGGUUUCAGCCGGGUUGGUAACGAAAGGGUUAAACAUGCAGCUAUGCCACUUAUGGGCUCCACUUGUGUUUGGAAAUGGCCACCUGUUGCUUGCAGAUUGCGUGUUUGACAUGUCGGAAGUCGUGUGCUGACAAUUCACUGAUUGGACAAUAAGUCAACAUGUGGAAGUAUCGAUCAUAGAGUUCACCAAAAUGGAAUGAGGAGGCAGAAGGCUUCUAUACAAAGGGGACGCCUAUAUCAUUGAUAGAACCAGAAAAUUGUCCAAUCGGUCAAUUGCAAGGAUGAUCACAUAUUUACUGUAAGUUAUCUGUUGACGAAUUGCCUGUCUAUCGUCUGCAGUAUAUCAUCCCAUAUUUUCAAUAUUUUGUUUCCUCAGCUAUUGAAUCCAGAGUUCUGACCUUAUUACUUUUUAUAAUUAUCUUUAAUGACAUGAAAUUCAAAUAAAGCUGUUCAUUUUCA